UAUAGCUAUUUCUUAUCGAGAAAUUUAUUUUUACACAGUCUGCAGUUGUUUUAGGCUUGCUGUUUCCUUCUGUAUUGAUAACGUGCAAUUUAUAUCUUUUGAAAGUGAUACAACGGUGCAGUUGAACAAUGGUGAACAAAAACCAAUAGCUUAGCUUGAUUACCAAAAUUAGAUUUAAUGAUAGUGUACCUAAUGGGUGUCUAGGCAAUGUGAAAAAAUCAAAAAUAUUUUUUAAAAAAUGGUUUCCGUCUUUGCAACUGAUGGAACUCACCUGACGGUUGUCGUGGCCAUUCCGGAACGCGAAAGCCUGAACAUUGGAAUUAAAUUACGUAUUUGCGGAGAGUACCAUUUACUGUUGACUGUUGACGGAGAACUGUUUCUGGCAGACUAUUGCAUUCGAGAAAAAACGGUCAAAUUGAUAUUGCUCCGUGAAGAUGUGGCCGAUUUUGAUACCGAAGGCAACUGGAUGUACGUCGUAAGUAAAUCGGAAGGUAAGCUAUACCAGGGCAAAAAUGGAUGUAUCGGCCAGUGGAAGCUGCUGUUCGAGGACCAUGAAGAUAUCAGGUUCGAAAAAGUCUGCUGCAAUAACAAUGGAAUUUUGCUGACCAGCAGCGAAGGCUCGAAAUUGUACGCUUGCGGUGACUUCGGCAACUUACUCAAUUUUGACCAACUAUCUCCGAUCACCGAACUUGGUGCGGAAAAUAUCAUUCAGAUAUCGGCCGGUAUUGAUUUUGUCAUAUUGUCUAGUCAGAAUAUCGGUAAAGUUCUGACGGAUGUGAGGAAAGAUCCUUACUAUGAUCGUUUCUGUUUCAUGGAUGAUGCUGAUUAUCUUGACUGGAAGAAUAUCUAUAAAAGGUUAUUGGAUGGGUAUAAAAGUUGUUCGACGGGCUUAGAAAAUAACACGGAGUUAAAUAGCGUGUCUAGUAAGAUAAACGUCGAUACGGUGAAAGUUUUUGGACAACUAACACAUGAAACCGGUGUAGCCAGCUUUGGGAAAAUCAAUAAAGGUCAACUGGGAACAGGCGAUCACAUUCGACGGGAUAAAAUCAUGCAUCUCAAGCUGUUCAACGUGUCGAAGAUUGCCACCUGUUGCGAUUACUCUUCCGCACUGACGGUGGAAGGUAGUCUGUACUUGUGGGGUGACACGAACAAGAACCAAGCCACAUUGGACAACAAUAUAACGCUUACCAGUACAAGCACUCCAAAGCUGUUCGAUAGAUUUAGGAAUAUUCUAGACGUAGGGUGUGGCAACUUUCAGACCUAUGUGCUGACCAACGACCUCAAGAUAUACGACAUUCUUUCCGACGAUGGUUGCGUAAACUACGAGUGCAUGGAUCGUAAACGCUUCUCCGAGUUGACGAAAGAUGUAGCUUCAAUAGACGAAAUUCCUCUAAUACUGGCUAGUGAUAGCAUAGUCCUGGUUAAUAAUCUUCCAAUUGACAAAGAAGCGUUGCGGGUUUAUACUAAACAGCAGACAACAGUUCAAGCUCUGCUUAAGCACUUUAGGGAGAACAAUGUUUCCAAGAUCCUCAAACAACCUAUGAAUAAUUUAUCACCGCAUUUUUUCUACCGAUCUUGCACGAACCUAUUUUACUUGCUCUUGCUAAAUUUGAAAUCGAUGCGUUGCUUCCUGCUGGAAAACGAUUUCACAAAAAUCAUCUCAUUUCUAAUGCACAGGGAACUGCUGUUUCUACACAAACAAAUAUUGGAAUGCUAUUGCGAUGGCAAUUGUUUGGGACUGAUGCACGAACCGGAGGAAAGUUUGCUCAAUAUCUUCUUGAACAGUGUGAAACAUUAUGUCGAACUAAUAGAACUUCUAGUCAGUAGCAAUAAGUCACUUGAUGAGGAAGCGGAAAAUCGGUUACUUACAGCAAAAAGUGAGUGGCUCAACUUUUCCAACGAAGAAGUUAGCGAACAGAUGGGCAAGCUAACGAAAGCGACCAAAGAAUUCUGGCUUAAGGAGGAAAACUCCCGUUGGCUUUCGCUGCGGCAGGCCAACCGACGUGUCAUACUAGACUCGGCCGAUGUGCCGCUGAAGCUGCUUGAGGUUAACAUCUUUUCCUCCUCACCGCGGAUCGUACUGUUCAGCGAUGUGCUGUGUUAUUUGUCCGGCACGCAGCUCGUCAGCUACCCAUUGGAACUGAUUUGGAUUACAACGGAAGUUAAAGAACCGCUGAGCAAUCGUCACAAGGAGAAGCUGCGCUUCUUAGUCAGCAUCGUCACACCGGAGGAGGUUCUGCGCUGUCACACCCUCAAUUCGGUUGAUAAACUGGUGUGGAUGAACUGCCUCAAGACGCAGGUUAUGCGCUGCCUGAAGAAAGAUGCCACCAUGAAGCAACCUGUCUAUCGGUACAAAUAUUAUGAGUUUAGCGAGAAGCAUACCAAAUACGGCGGGAUGGAGUAUUUCGGGAUAUGGAAAGUCGGUCACAUCGACGGAAUCGGAGUGCUCAAAGGGGCGGAGCGAGUUUACAAAGGAGAACUCUAUCAUGGAGAUAUCACCGGAUAUGGUUCCAUGAGCAGGACUCACUAUGGCAUUAUGUCGGAGUAUGAGGGUGACCUUCUGGAUGGCAAGUACAAUGGCUAUGGAAAGCUUAAAUCCGCCAACAGUAGCUCGCCGCACUAUUUCCGAUACCAAGGGUACUUUAAGAGCAAUAAAUAUCACGGCUUCGGGACGCAUGUGACCAGUGCCUAUCAGUACAAUGGAGACUUCAUGGACGACUCUAAAGAGGGAUUCGGUGUCCUAGAGGAUAGCUUGGAUGGGGUUAAGUAUAUUGGAAUGUUUGCCAACGACAAAAAGUACGGCAACGGGAUACUGAUAACCACAAAUGGAACAUAUUUUGCUGGCCUAUUUACGAACGAUUUGCUUUCGAACUCAGCCGGUGGAUUGGCGAUUUUUCCAAACGGAGUUUACUACAAAGGCGAGCUCACAAUUGAGGGCCCAUGCGGGAAGGGCGUCUUCCAUUAUCCAGAGCGAGAAGUUAAGUCCGAAUCGUUCGAACUGGACGACACAAACACGCAGAUGAGUGGUCAUACACUGACGGGGACGUUUGCUGGAACUUGGGAAAAUGUGAAGAUCUCCAAUGCCAGCAUGACGAUGAGCCAGCAGUUUAACAAAGUGCCAAUAUUGGACCUUAAAAUCAACGCUGAACGCAAAUGGGCUUCCAUAUUCAGCUGCUUUCACCAGUCCGUAUUCGGAACCAGUGAUGUCGGACGGAUUCGCCUAAUGGAAGUUAAAAGCAUCUGGAACAAAGUCGCCAUCUACAUCAAUCGAGCAAAGCGAAAACAGCAGCUUAAAGCGAACAAUUUCGAGGCAAAAUUCACCGAGUUCAGUGAACAGUCCGCUGCGGAAAUCUGCCACGUAGGGUUUCGAAUGUCGAACCUAUCCACCACGUCUUUGCGGUCGAGCUUUUCCGAUUCUAAACUGUCACUCAAUCUGAACGGCUCAGCAAUGCAGCCAGAAGGCGCCCUAGCAGCAUCGGAUAACAUUUCAGUUCGAAGCUUUUCGUCGGUCACUUCGAGAGAGUACGAUGACGAGUUUAUGCUCAAUCCAUCCGGCGGUCAAAGUCGAACUUCAUCCUACCGGGACCUCGAUAUUAUUCCCGACUUCUGCAUAAACACUAUCGAUAAGCACGGAUUGCAGUUGCUGCGGGACUAUCUCAGUGAAGCGUUCAGCAAUACCUUCCAUCCACUGCAUGAACUAUUCGAAAAGCUCUCGAAUUGCUUCUAUUCCACGUACAGUUGUUGGAAAUUUACGCCUAAUUCGAUCCUGUGUGAACCAGCAAUGAAUGAGUGGAUGUCGAUUGUAAGCCGGAUCUACACGCUUGUGCUGAGAGUGAUGUUUCCCGCAUUACCAAAGGACUCUGCCAUUGUCGACGGUGAGUUAAUUUCUUAUCAAACUGUGCUCUAUCCCAUUUUGAUGACUCAAGGCAUCUAUUCAGCACUAUUUGUGUUGUAUGCCAGCAAGUGCAGUAAGAAUGACGAAAUCUACCGCCAGCGAAUAUUAAUAUGUGAAAAGAAAACCGAUGAAAAUUUAAUUCAAUUGUUGGAUAUUAACAGGGAGCUCAUUCCAAUCAUUCAAAAUGACCGUUAUCUGGAAGCGAUAGAAAGUUUAAAUCGAUUCAAAGAGAAAUGUUGUCCAAGUGAAAUGAUGUUCCACAUCAAUGAAGCGUUCAACUUGGUUGAUAUGGCUAGCAAAGAGCAAGAUACCCCCCUGGACCUAGCGGCCGACAGUCUGCUGGAGCUCGUUAUACUGCUCAUCAUCAAAGCAAACCUUCCCCAGCUGGGUGCGGAACUCAGUCUGCUGGAGGAUCUGCUGCAAAACGAUGGCUUGCAUCGUAACACGGAGAACGACUACUGCCUGACGACGCUGAAAGCUUCCUAUCAGCACAUCAUAGGCGAUAACUUCUUCGUUAACAAGUUGUUCGAAGGCGCGAGUGCGUAAGUCCUGUAGCAAGCAGCUGUGUUGGACGAUGCCCGGCCCCAAUGUGAUUUGUGUCAUUCCUUCCCGAAUCGUUGAACAAGACUAGGUAGAUUCUAAGUUUUAAAGUACCUUUUGAUGGUGUGAAUGCAACACAACUUGGAUGUUGAUUAAUUUAUGUUUUAUUUGU